AUGGAGGUGUUUAACGAUGGAAGAAUGGUCCCGUCCGUUCUCAUCGAAGACGUUGAUAAUCCUUUACUUUCUUCACACUGGCACAGGGGCGAUUUAGAGUUAUGCGAUUCGAGCGAUGUGAGCAUCAGCCCCCAAGACAUGGAGGAAGACGGGGGGAAGGUCGUUAUCGUGGGGGUGUGCGCGAUGGAGAAGAAAACCAAGAGCAAACCCAUGAAGGAGAUCCUCACGCGUUUGCAGGAAUUCGAGUACAUCAAAGUCACCGUUUUCGAAGAGGAGAUAAUCCUACAAAAACCGGUGGAGGAAUGGCCGGUUUGCGAUUGCCUGAUAUCGUUUCAUUCUAAAGGAUUUCCGCUGGAUAAAGCGAUUCAAUACGCCCAAAUUCACAAUCCGUUCGUUAUAAACAAUCUUCACAUGCAGUAUGAUAUACAGGAUAGGAGGAAGGUUUAUUCUACGCUGGAUUCCGAAGGCAUCGAGAUUCCCCGGUAUGCUGUUUUGGAUAGGGACAGUUUAGAUCCGAAAAACCACGAAUUGGUAGAAUCGGAGGAUCACGUCGAAGUAAACGGCGUGAUUUUCAACAAACCAUUCGUCGAAAAGCCAGUUUCAGCCGAAGAUCACAACAUUUACAUAUAUUAUCCCACUUCUGCGGGCGGCGGAAGUCAAAGGUUAUUCAGAAAAAUCGGCAGCCGAAGCAGCGUUUAUUCACCGGAGUCGAGGGUCAGAAAAACCGGUAGUUUCAUCUACGAAGACUUCAUGCCCACCGAUGGGACCGAUGUAAAAGUUUACACCGUCGGGCCGGACUACGCCCACGCCGAGGCCAGGAAAUCCCCCGCUCUGGACGGGAAAGUCGAGCGAGACCGCGACGGCAAAGAGAUCCGUUACCCGGUGAUACUCAGCAACGCCGAGAAGCUGAUCUCGCGCAAGGUCUGCCUGGCCUUCAAGCAGGCCGUGUGCGGCUUCGAUUUGCUCAGGGCCAACGGGAAGUCGUUCGUUUGCGACGUCAACGGCUUCAGCUUCGUCAAGAACUCCAACAAGUACUACGACGAUUGCGCUAGGAUAUUGGGUAAUAUGAUCCUGAGAGAGCUCGCGCCGACGUUGCACAUUCCUUGGUCGGUUCCGUUCCAAUUGGACGAUCCUCCGAUUGUUCCUACGACGUUCGGUAAAAUGAUGGAGUUGAGAUGCGUGGUGGCUGUUAUUCGACACGGAGAUCGCACUCCCAAGCAGAAAAUGAAGGUGGAAGUUCGACAUCCCAAAUUUUUCGAAAUAUUCGAAAAGUACGAUGGCUACAAGCACGGCCACGUCAAACUGAAGAGACCGAAGCAGUUGCAGGAAAUUCUGGACAUCGCUCGAUCUUUGCUAACCGAAAUCCAAUUGCACGAGGCCGAUCCGGAAAUCGAGGAGAAACAGGGUAAAUUAGAGCAAUUGAAGGCCGUUUUAGAAAUGUACGGUCACUUUUCGGGCAUAAACAGAAAAGUCCAGAUGAAGUACCAGCCGAAAGGGAGGCCCAGAGGGUCCAGUUCGGACGAUGUAGAUAAACCGGCGGAACCUUCGCUAGUUUUAAUCCUGAAAUGGGGCGGCGAAUUGACACCGGCCGGCCGAAUUCAAGCCGAGGAAUUGGGUAGAAUAUUCCGUUGCAUGUACCCGGGAGGACAAGGUAGACAUUUGGCUGGAGAGUACGCCGGUGCUCAAGGCCUCGGCCUCCUGAGACUCCACUCCACGUUUCGGCACGACCUAAAAAUCUACGCUUCGGACGAAGGUCGAGUGCAAAUGACAGCUGCAGCCUUCGCGAAAGGCCUGCUCGCCUUAGAAGGGGAAUUAACGCCGAUUUUGGUGCAAAUGGUGAAGAGCGCCAACACCAACGGACUGUUAGACAACGACUGUGAUAGUAGCAAGUAUCAGAACAUGUGCAAGGCGAGGUUGCACGAACUGAUGCAGUUAGAUCGCGAUUUUACUCAAGAAGAUAAAGAGAAAAUCAAUCCGUGCAAUUCGACGAGCAUCUCCGAGGCUUUGGAGUACGUGAAGAACCCGGUGAGAUGUUGCAAACACGUGCAAGAAUUGAUCAAAAGUUUGCUGAAUAUUGUUAACGUUAAAAAGGAAGAUCCCAAAUCUAAAGACGCCGUGUUAUAUCACGGCGAGAAUUGGGAACUGAUGGGCAGAAGAUGGGGAAAAAUCGAAAAGGACUUCUUCACCAAAAGCAAAACCUUCGACAUCAGCAAAAUCCCCGACAUCUACGAUUGCAUCAAAUACGAUCUGCAACACAACCAGCACACGCUCCAAUUCGAACAGGCCGAGGAAUUGUACACUUACGCCAAAUAUCUAGCAGAUAUCGUCAUACCCCAGGAAUACGGGCUGACGUCCCAGGAGAAGUUGACCAUCGGUCAGGGCAUUUGUACGCCUUUGUUGAAGAAGAUCAAGGCGGAUUUGCAGCGAAACAUCGAAGAAACCGGCGAGGAGACUGUCAAUCGAUUGAAUCCGAGGUAUUCGCAUGGAGUUUCGAGCCCCGGCAGGCACGUCAGGACUCGAUUGUAUUUCACCAGCGAGAGCCACAUACACUCGUUGAUAACGGUGCUCAGACACGGAGGAUUGUUGGAUGUGAAGAAGGACGAACAAUGGCGUCGAGCGAUGGAGUACAUUUCCUGCGUCUCCGAGUUGAAUUACAUGUCGCAGAUUGUUAUUAUGCUGUACGAAGAUCCCACGAAGGAUCCCAGCAGUGAAGAGAGAUUCCACAUUGAGCUGCAUUUCAGUCCAGGCGUUAAUUGUUGCGUGCAGAAAAACCUGCCGCCCGGCCCUGGAUUCAGGCCUCAUUCGAGGAACGAAUCGGCUGCAAGCAAAAAUUGCAGUUUAAACACGUCGGAAACGGCCACGCCGGACGGUUCGAAGAGCCGAUGUUCGCCGAGGAUCGACGAAGAGAACGAAACGGGCGAGGACGAUAAAUAUUCGCCGGAUUCCCCGAAACCAUUGGAAACGCCGUUGGAGGAAAAGGAGGAACCCGAAUCGCCGGGCGUUUCGUACAGAUGCGUCAAAAGCAGCGAUCCCAUUCCCAUAGGGAGCGCUCAUACCGUGAGCGGUCACGAGGCCAUGCAUUUGGCGAAGCGACUGAACGAGGAAUUGGCCAAUCAGGCGGCCCAACAGGGCAGUCGUAGUUUCGGUUUGAAUAGAGCGACCAGUCCGGAAUUGGAACAACCGAGGGCGAGGAGUUACGAUCACAAGAGUCCCCAGAAAACCGGUAAAGCUCAAAAAUUACACCAAAGUUUGGACGCUGUCAAUAAUUCAGAGGCGGCGCCGGGCCAGAGCAUCAGACGCCAUCGCCACAGCAUUGCCGGACAGAUGAGCUACUACAAGAUGUUGGGUUUCGGCUGCGGCGGGCCCCCCGGGUUGAAGAAGAUGGCCGGCGGCGGCGGCGGCGGUUCGUUGUUCUCCACCGCCGUCAUAUCGGGCAGUUCCAGCGCGCCGAAUUUGAGGGAUAUGAUCAGCAGCACCAGCAACGCUACAGCCAUCGAAGGUUUCGGCGGCGUGCCGGCGAUCAGGCCGCUGGAGACGUUGCACAACGCGUUGUCUUUGAAGCAAUUGGACGCUUUCUUGGACAGGAUGACGACGGCGCCGAUUUUCAGGACGCCGUCGUCGACGCCGCCUAGAUAUCCGUCGACGCCGCUGCCGACGCCGACCAACGGGUGCGGUUUGUCGUUGGACAAGGGGCGGCCGUUGAAGUUGCAAUCGCCCAGUAACAGUGUAGGAUGGAGCGGACCUCCGAGUUUGAUGUCGAGCAGCGGGCCUUCUUCGCCGGGUUAUUCGGAGAGCAAUUCGAAGGGGAGCAGCAGCGAAAUGUCUUCCAGUAUCAUAAGCGCUGAUGGGAUUACAGUGGAUAACAUCAACAAAAUAUUCCCGACGGCGCCCGGCUUGGACCAAGACCUGGGCAGCGUCGGAAUGCUGCUCGACUCCUUCGACAAGGACGUCUCGGAAUCCUUGGAGUUUUCCGAUUAUUACGCCGGCAACAAACCGAGAGGUUCGGAGAGCGGAGAAAUCACGCCGGUGUCGGGCUCCGAGGUGGAUUUCAACACGAACGACGCCACCGUCGGUUCGGGCGCCGAAUGCGACAUCACCGUGACCGAAGACAUCGAAGAAAAUUCGGCGGAAGACGGUAAUUUGGAUGCCAACAACGAGACCAUCACCAGCGCUACGGUGAACGCUCUAUUCGCUAUUCACCGAUCGGUGGAGUCCAACAAUCUUUUCAAGCAAUCCGCCGGGAGUCCCAAGCUGUCGCCGUUGUCGUCCCACGCGGAUUUCUGCUCGAACGUUUUGAACGAUGCCGGUUUGAAGCACGUGGAGAACAUCGAACGAAUCCAGCCCGGCGCCGAUCUGAAUGCUAUCAUCAAAAAAUCGAAUAUAUUCGAUAAGGAAAUCCCCAACGUGUCGAAGAACCUGUCGAACGUCGCCAACGACAAGGUGUGGACGUCGAAGGAGAAGUUCCUGGAGGGUAAGGGCUUCGCGAAAACCGACAACAUCGAUUUCGGGAGGAAUUUGAACGUGAACGCGGAGAAGAAGGUGGAGAAAGAGAACGAAUUGGCGAUGGUCCGUCCGGGAUCGGUGAUGGUUAAGGAGAUGUACAUCGAACCGACGCAAUUGUCGAGCGUAUUCCGAGGGAAAUCUCUCGGUAAUAUCGACGCGAGGAGAUCCAGCGAUAGUCCCAUAGCGAAAUCUUCGAAUCUGUUUGCUACUGAAGGUUCUAAUUGGGAUGUUUCGCUGCCGAGCGGUAGUGGGAUUUCAACAAACACCUCUAUGGGGAAAAGUCAGAGAUUCACGACGAGGAGGGUGGACGAGGCGGAACACGCGGCUUCGAUGGCGAUGAAUUUCCCGAGGAGAUUUAGUACGGCGACUGAUGGUAUGUCGAGCGCGAGUAAAGUGCCUGCGGUUGCCUCGGAGCGAGGCAACGCGAGUAUAAACUCUGCCGGGCAUAAGAAACCUUCGAUUAAGGAUCACGAGAAGGUAACGAAAAGCGUGUCUGACAAUUCCAAUAUGUUUAGAAGACGCGAUUCCGAUAAAUCGUAG